AUGCUAUGCUAUCAUAAUAAAAAAAUUAUCUUUCGCACAGGAGGUCAAACCGGAGUUGAUCGAGGCUUCUUGGAUGCUUUUUUGACUCAUGUAAAAAAUAACAUUAAAAAUGUAAAAAAUAUAAUCUGGGAAGAGUCUCUUCUCAUUGUAGAAUUUCAGAAUAGUGAUAUUUGGAUACUCACUGGUUGGUGUCCACAAGGAAGAAAAGCUGAAGAUGGUAAAAUCGACUCAAAAUACCCACUCCAAGAAACUCCUACUCCGAGGUACGAACAAAGAACAGAGUGGAACGUUCGGGAUGCAGAGGCCACUUUAAUAAUUCUCCCGACACCAAAUUUUGUUACCGAGUUAGAUGGAACAGCCUUUACAGUUGAGAUGGCUAAAAAAUAUGAAAAACCUUGGCAAAAAAUCUGUCUUGACCAAUUUCCCAUGGAUAAUAUUGAACAAAUACUCGUUUGGAUUAAAAAGAAUAAGAUAAAACAUUUAAAUGUAGCUGGCCCGCGAGAAAGAGGUCAAACCGGAGUUGAUCGAGGCUUCUUGGAUGCUUUUUUGACUCAUGUAAAAAAUAACAUUAAAAAUGUAAAAAAUAUAAUCUGGGAAGAGUCUCUUCUCAUUGUAGAAUUUCAGAAUAGUGAUAUUUGGAUACUCACUGGUUGGUGUCCACAAGGAAGAAAAGCUGAAGAUGGUAAAAUCGACUCAAAAUACCCACUCCAAGAAACUCCUACUCCGAGGUACGAACAAAGAACAGAGUGGAACGUUCGGGAUGCAGAGGCCACUUUAAUAAUUCUCCCGACACCAAAUUUUGUUACCGAGUUAGAUGGAACAGCCUUUACAGUUGAGAUGGCUAAAAAAUAUGAAAAACCUUGGCAAAAAAUCUGUCUUGACCAAUUUCCCAUGGAUAAUAUUGAACAAAUACUCGUUUGGAUUAAAAAGAAUAAGAUAAAACAUUUAAAUGUAGCUGGCCCGCGAGAAA